UGCUGGAGACCUUGGCGCUCACGGCCUCGCUGGGCUGGCGUCACCUUCGAGGACGUGUUCCUGGACUUCUCCCGGGAGGAGUGGGGGCUCCUGGAUGCGGCUCAGCGGCGCCUGUAUCAGGACGUGAUGCUGGAGACCUUGGCACUUGUGUCCUCACUGGGUUGCUGCUGUGGCGCAGAGGCUGAGGAGCCACCCUUGGAGCAGAGCGUUUCUGCGGGCGAGUCCCGGCCCCGCACUCCCCAGGCAGCUCCUCCUUCCCAGAAGACCCACCCCUGUGAGAUGUGUGGUCCGGUGUGGAGAGGCAUUUCCCAUUUGACUGCGGAGGGGGGAACACAACUGAGCUUGAAGCUGUUGAGGUGUGGCGCUUGUGCGGAACACUUUCCUUUCAGGGCCACCCUCCAAAAGCACCAGAGACGGCACAUAGGAGAGAAACCCUCCAGAAGCCAUGUGGACAGGCCCUUGCUCGUGAAGAGCUGUGGUAGCCACGAGUCGCAGGAGCCGGCUACCUGCAGGGAGGUUGGGAACAGCUUCUUAGCCUCCUCGGGACAUGUGCAGCAACAGGCCACUCACACUGGGGGAAGGCCAAGCAAAAUUUCUGAAUGUGGGGUGACUGUCCAAAGAACAGAUGGGCAUUGCAUCUGGGGGGAACACAAAAAAACCCUUGUUCCCCCCGACACACUUGCUCAGGACCGGGGUGCCCACGUGAGGCAACAGUAUUUUGUGUGCCGCGAGUGUGGGGAAACAUUCCGACAUAAGUUCUCGUUUGUCACUCACCAGAGAGCGCACGCUGAUGAAGCUGUGCUCGGGGGCUGUGACGGAUCUUUUCAGCAGACCCCAACCCUUAGUCAGCACCGGAGAACCCGCUCAGGGAGGAGGCACCCCAAGUGCAGCCAAUGUGGGAAGGCCUUUAACCCGAGAUUUGUCUUCGUUAAUCCCUGGAGAGGUCAUGGCGGAGAGAAUUACUUGUGCGGUGAAUGUGCACGAUCUGCCAGCCACAGGUCCACGCUGGUUCUCCAGUGGGCCGCUCUUGCCGGAGGCAGACGUUACGCGUGCACACGCUGUGGCAGGUCAUUCGGACGAAAAUGUUACUUGUUUCUACACUGGAGAAUUCACGGUGGGAGAAGACCUUACGAAUGCAAUCGGUGUGGCAAGACUUUUGCCAAUAGGUCAGUCCUUCCGCUGCACCAGAGAGUACACCGAGGAGAAAGGCCCUUUACGUGCAGCAAGUGUGGGAGAUCGUUUCCCAGUAGCGCAGGGCUCCUCCUCCACCGGAGAGGCCACGCGGCCGCGAGGCCUUAUGCGUGCAGCGAGUGCGGCAAGACCUUUCGCCGUCAGUCUUCCCUCACCCGACAUGCGGUCGCGCACGCUGGGAAAAGGUCUUCCGAGUGCAGGGAUUGUGGAGCAGCUUUAAAAUCUGCCUCUCGUCUCCAGCGUCAUGAAAGAAUCACCGCCGGAGAAAGACCUCCCGCGCGCAGGGAAUGUGAGAAACCCUUCAGCGGUCGUGCCCAGCUCAGUGGGCACCGCAGGGUCCGUGCUGCACAGAAGCGCGCGUGCGCGGACUGUGGGACGUGUCUUAGCCGCAACCCUUGCCUCUCCCACCAGAGGCUUCACUCUGGGGAAAGGACAUACGAGUGCAGCGAGUGUGGGAAAUCCUUCACCUGUGGCUCCGCGCUGCUGACGCAUCAGAGAAGUCACACGGGAGACAGGCCUUACGAGUGCAGCGAGUGUGGGAAAUGUUUCACCCAGAGCUCAUCCCUCACUGAACACUGGCGCGUUCACACGGGAGAAAGGCCUUUCGAGUGCAGCGAGUGCGGGAAAUCUUUCACCCAGAGAUCGACACUCAAUCGCCAUAGGCGAGUUCACACCGGAGAAAGGCCCUAUCAGUGCAGUGAGUGUGCAAAGUCCUUUACCCGGAGAAACGAACUCAUCAUACACCAGAGGGCUCACACGGGGGAAAGGCCUUAUGAGUGCAGGGAGUGCGGGAAAUCUUUCGCCUCUAGCUCCAAACUGCGUUAUCACCAGAGAGUUCACACUGGAGAGAGGCCUUACGACUGCGGUGAAUGCGGGAAGUCCUUUAAACGAGGCGGCCACCUUCUGAUACACCAGCGAGUUCACACGGGGGAGAGACCGUACGAGUGCAGCGAGUGCGGGAAAUCUUUCGCCUCCAGCUCCAAACUUCGUGAUCACCAGAGAGUUCACACUGGAGAAAAGCCUUACGACUGUGGCGACUGUGGGAAAUCUUUUAGGGACAAAUCCCAGUUCAAUAAACACCGGACCCGUCACACUAGAGAUCGGCCUUAUGAUUGUACCGAAUGUGGAAAACUAUUUAUCCAUAAAUACUCCCUUUCGCAACACCAGAAACUUCACACAGGAGAAAUGUCUCACGAGUGUAGUGACUGCGGGAAAUCUUUUACACGUAGCUCGGGCCUCCUGUAUCAUCGGAGAAUUCACACGGGAGAAAGACCUUUCGGCUGCGGUGAAUGUGGCAAAUUCUUUAGGGACAGUUCUUCAUUUUAUAAACACCAAAGAGUUCACACAGGGGAAAGGCCUUACGGUUGCCCCCAGUGUGGGAAAUCGUUCAGCGAUAAGUCUUCCCUUUCUAAACACCAGAGACUUCACACUGGAGACAGGGCUUACAAGUGCAGUGAGUGUGGGAAAUCUUUCACCUGUAGCUCUGGGCUCCAUGCGCACCAGCGAGUUCACACAGGAGAAAGGCCUUUUGAGUGUGGUGAAUGUGGGAAAACUUACACCCAGAGAUCAACGUUCAUUCGACACAAGAGAAUUCACACCGGAGAAAGGCCUUACAAGUGUGGUGACUGUGGGAAGGCUUUUAUCUGUAGCUCUGGGCUCCAUUCUCAUCAGAGAGUUCACACAGGAGAGAGGCCUUUUCAGUGCGGUGAGUGUGGGAAAUCUUACACCCAUAGAUCAGCCCUCAUUCGACACUGGCGAGUUCACACUGGAGAAAGGCCCUACAAGUGUAGUGAGUGUGGGAAAACUUUUAGCCAGACUUCCGCACUUCGUGUGCAUGAGAAGUCCCACUAGAGAAGGUUCUUGGGGGCCGUCUUUCAGCCGUCACUCAGCACCCCGUCUGCAUCAGAGGACUCAGAUCUGGUCACGCGUGCAGGGAACGUGGGGAGUCUUAUCGCUGAAGUUCUACGCUCCUGCAAUGUCAGGGGCCUAGUAGCUCCCUCGCCAGCCGAGGAUUCAUGCCAUCACCCUGGGAGGCGCCGUGGGGGCCCUGUACCUGAUCUCCACGAAAGGGACGGAUCUAGGUCCCCUGCUCCACCUGUCAGGGGUGGAGCUGAGCAGUGAGGAGCAGCUGGAAAAGGUGGGAGAAAGCACUUAGGCGGCAGGACGACCUGGAGGAGGCCCGUGGAGCAGAGACGUGAAGAAGCUACGCUGGCGUCCUGGCCUUGAACCUGCACCAGGGACUUGGGGAGCAUGGGAGGACACCCUUGGAGGAGACAGCUGUGCGUGAGAGACCGUGGGAGGUAACAGUGGCGGCCUUUAUCCGGGGUGUUUGCUCCUUUGCUUGCAGACUCACCUAUCCCCUUCUGUCCCUUCCCUGCGGGUCGCACCAGAAGGUGCCUUAGACGGGCGGCAAGAGUUCAGGCCUCAGUGGCCUUGCGCUGGGCCAGCCCUAUUGGGCUGGGCAUUUGCCGGGUUGCGGGGUAGGGGGGGCGCUCUGGGUGCUUCCUUGGAAACCACUGUGACUGUCCCUCCCCUUCUCUGCGUUGCACACUCACUGUUAAAGUUCUGUUCAUUAAAGAGCUUCUGCACCGAGAGCGUUUGUCUUCAUGUGGCAGAUGCUGAACCCAUUUAGAGCAGGUGGGCUUGGGGGCCCUGGGGCCCCCUCAUUCUGCCCCCUGACAGCACGGCUAGGGCCGGGGUCUCCUGGGACCAGACAGCACUCGGCUCCGGGCCGGGCCGGAUGGGAAGGGGCUGGCAGGGCCACAGCGCUGCCCAGACCACAGGGGCCACCACCUAGGCCCGGUCAACACCUGCCCAAGCCCGGGGCCAGGAAGGGGGACGGCCCUUUACAGGCCUGGCAGGGCCCUGCACUUCCCCUGCAGCCAGGCCUCCCCUGCAGGAGCUGCUGACCCAGCAGCACUGAGGACACCUGCCAAACCUGAGAGGCUUCCAGGAGCCUGACUGGCUGAGUGAAGAAGAGCCUGUCAACGGCCCGCUCACCCCUGUGGUUCCUGUGCUUCCUGGAGGACACACACACACACACAUACACCCAGUCAUUCACACACACACACACACACCAGCCUCUUACAGGGGCCGCGCGCAGCUGUCAGUGCUGUGCCCCCAGCCCCGAGGGAGCCGGGUGACACGGGGUGUCAGCCUGUGAAGCCCAGAAGCCCUCCGACGCUCUCAGGGCCGGCAGAUCUGAACCUGGGUGUCCUCCCAGCACGGCUCAGCCCCGAUGGAUGCUGUUUAGCAGUCCCGUGGCAUGGCUUACAUGUAGAUAUCUUUGUCUAUUUCGCUGUUAAUUUUCAAAAUGAGAAAGUCAAAAGUGCACUUUCUUUUCACAGCCCUUUCUGGUUUGCCACGCAGAGCGGCCGCGGUGCCCACCUGUGACUGCGGGCUCCUCCCUGGCUCCUCCCUGCGUGCUCCUUUCCCUAAUAAAUCCGACCUUUUAAACCAAAAAAACAAACAAAACAAACCACAGUGGAGCCCGGGAGGGCCUGAGAAUGCCGGGGACCCGAAGGGGCCCUGCUGGGGCCCUGACCUGCAGGGGCCUCGCCCUCCCUUCCCAGCUCCUUCAGGGCAGGGCAGUGUCUGGGGCUGAUGCCAGUUACUGGGACCAUCACCGUCUCAUGUUAAAGUGGAGACAGCCCCGGGCAUGGACCGUGGGUAUCUACCCCGAGUGAAAGCAGUUCCGUCGCUCCAGCUAGGAAACGGCUCCCGAGAAACCACUUGAUUUCUGGCGAGGAACAAGUAAAAAAUCCCCAUAAUUUCUCUUUCACACUUAGAAAGUUGGAUUUUCCUAUUUUCCGGUUAAGUCAUAGGGAUGCCCAACUCUGGGAGCUGAGGCCUGUGACCCUAAAGGAGCCGUAGGGACAGCGCCCUCUGCUGGUCCCGGCCUGAGGUGCAGUAGCGGGCCGGCCCCCUGGCCCUACCCCUGCCCACUUCACACCAGCCGCUGGGCAAACAGUGACUCCAGAGAAUCACAGAAGCCAAGACUCACCCAGAAGACAGAGCUCUAAGUAGAGUUAAGUUUCAACAGCCUCGGGCCUCCCUGGUGGCGCGAGGGGUGAAGCGUCAGCACAAUGAAGCUAUCACCAGCCUCCGCGGCACGAGUUCAGUCCCCAGCCAGGGAGCUGCCCACAGGGCGCAGCAGACCCCUCCUGUCUCCCCGCUGCUCCCCUCAGCGGUGGAUUUCAGUGGAUCUGCCUGUUCUGCUCCCCACCCUGUGGGGAAUCCUCUCACUCCCUGCACUUCUGGCCUGUGCCCCAGCUCUUGUGCGCAUGAAUAAAUAAAUCUUUAAAACAGUAGUUUCAGCAGCCUCUUGUUUUGCUCAAUACACAUAGAACCUGGGCGCUGCAGGCCCGUGCAGUCGGGCGGGCAGGAGCGCUGCCCUUUACCCCUGUAACGCUGCAGAAAUCCCUGAGGCCAGAGAGUGUGGGCAGCGCUGCACUGCUCGGAAGGGGGCCGCUCUCCCAGAGCUGACUGGCUGCUCGGGUCCAGCCCUCCCUCCAGGUUCGCCAAUAAAUUCGAUUUUGCUUUCCGCAGCUUUUAGUCAACAGGAGGGAGAACUACUUUGUCACAUGGAUUUAUUUUAUCCCAUGCCCCGUGUUCUCCAGCCUGCUCUUGUGCAGAGCUCUUCAGGAUUAAGUCAAAUUCAUCUCCCCAGUUGCCCGUCACCCCGGCCACUGUUUCCUCCAGGCCAGGCCAGAAACGCCUGCGUCUUCCUGGCUGUGGCCACGGCCCCCUAGGGGCUGUACACGGCGUUGUCCAGCGUGUCCUUGCUGGCUGUCUUCACCUCUUUCUUUUUCUUGUUUUCUAUAUAUUUUUUCCUUUUCGAUCUGAUAACUAAAAUGUGGACGUAAUGUUACUGAGAAUCUAAUAAAUGACGAGAAAUGGAGGAAAAAAUGGGGAUAGGUGGAGAAAUAAAGGUGCUAACUAGUUCUCGGGGCAUAAUGGAUGUUAUUUAUCCGAGAAGGAUGAUAAAAUCUGAAUUUUAAAAUUACCCACUGCCUGUACUCAAGCGUUAUAAAGCCCCAUUAACAAAAAAAAAAAUGUAGAAAAUAGAAAAGUUAUAAACCAACAUAAUGGAAAGAUAACGGAAAAGUAUCUUCUGUAGGGUGUGAUGAGGGCCAUCUCCCUCCAUGAGGGUAAACUCUUCCGCCUCUUGCUGAUCGUCCAUGUCUGCUGCUCCGAGAGGAGACAGACUUCCACUGAAUCAAACACACUACAUAUUUGUGCUUUAGAAUUUUGGGGGUGGGUAUGUGUGAAUCUCAGAACUUCCAUAAAAUCGAGUUUAUAGGCACAUCUAUGUCUCCUCAAGGACUUGCAGGCCGGGCCAGUUUCUGUCAGACAGGGCUUUGGACCUGGGGACCAUGACCUCUGUUCUACAGGCCUGGGUCCCAAUUCCAAGUUAGAUUGAGGCAGUCAGGAGAGGGGGGGCAUCUGCCUGUCUGUUAGGUAUGCUUAUGGGAAAUGGGAAAACGUAUGUUGAUUGAACUUUGUUUUCACUCCUUGAAAUUUCCCUGCAAAAGGAAGCGAGCAGUCACACGGAAUUUACCACUCGGUGUGAUUUCAUAAGAACGUACAUUUCUAGGCCCCCUGGUGGCGCAGGGGUUAAGUCUCAGUGCUGUGAAGCUAUUGGCAGCCACUGUGGCCUGAGUUCAAUCCCCGGUCAGGGAGCUGACCCGCAGGGCACAGCAGACCUCUCCUGUCUCCCCGCUGCUCCUCUCGGCAGUGGAUUUCAGAGGAUCUGCCUGUUCUGCUCCCCGCUCUGUCUCCGGGAAAUCCUCUCACCCCCUCAGUAAAUCCUGUCAGUACCUCUGGCCUGUACCCCAGACCUUGUGUGCAUUAAAAAAAAUUUUUUUUAAAUGUGCAUGUAUGUAGGUAUGGCUGAAAACAUUCAUCUUCGUACUCCAAAGUCCAUCAACUCCCACUUAGCUUUGCCUUUGAAAAGGGAACAAGCGAGUUCAACUGUAAUGCUGUACACACCUAAAGCUUAUGUAAGGUUAUAAACUGUUAAUUUAAGUAACAUUUUUAAU